GUUCGACCUCACACCAGACCGCUCUGCAGGCCAGGCGACGGCUGUACGGUCUAUGGGCCUGCAGAGCGCGCGACAAGCAACAUGGUCGCCCUGUCGACCCCCGUGGCUGUGUACCUGACUCCUUCCCAAGUAUUGACCAAUCCUGCGCAAAUGUUUCGACCAGAUGUUUCACUCUAGUGCUGAGGAUGAAAGUAUAUCUUCCCUUUCUAUGCCCGAUGUACAUAUCCUCAAGUUCCAUUCUUCCAAACUCUCCAUUCUUUUUUCUUUCACCGAACCCGGGCGGGCAAAGUCAUUCGUUAUCUUUGUCCCCUUAUUAGUACAGGAUCAUCUUUUGUUCGAUUCUUACUACAUUCUACGAUUCUGUAUUCUCCAAACGGGACAUUCACUCUCAUUUGAGCUCUGAAUUUAUCAUUGUAUUCAUUUAUAUCUUCGCAUUUCCAUCACCAUGAAGGUCACUCUGGCUGUCCUUGCCACUGGCCUCAUUGGCCACGCUGCUGCGACAUGGGACAUGUUCGGCAACCCAUUCAACUCUCCCAACUACAACAACAACGAGUGUAGCGAUAAGCAGAAGAGCGGAUUUGACUGGUCGGAUCUCAAGGACGGCGACUCCAACUUCAGCUAUGGUGACUUCGACUUCACCGGUGGCUGGAAGUGCUCGAACUCCUUCGGCAAGCGUGAUGCACUUAGCAAGCGUACUUUCGGAUCCAAGUGUAUCAAGAACAAGAUUAGCAAGGAGAAGCCGGCUUCUUUCGGCUGUGACAAGCGAAAGUCUGGCUUCUCCAUCACGCACAUCGAUGUGUCCGUUGAGUACGAUGUAGACCUUGAACUUCACUACCACAUGGAGGAUGGAUCAAAGUGUAAGCAGGUCGCUCCUUGCAGCGCCUCCGGAUCCACUAUCCAGAACACUCAGUGUGGUGGCGCGAAGUCGGUCGAUGUCUAUCUACCUAAGCACGACAAGUCUGAUAAGGAAUGCGAAAUCGGUUUCCACAACAUUGGUUUCGAUUGCAACCCCGGCAAGGGCUAUAAUCCCCCAUCGCCUCCCGAGGUUCCUUCGUCUUCAGCACCAGUCGUAUCCCAGCCUGCCUCCACCCCGGUCGUUUCUCAGCCUGCCUCCUCCGCACCACCCAGCACUACUACACCGUCUUGCAACGGCGAUGAGUGCAACUCGCAGCCUCCGGCCACGUCCAGUGGCGCUCCUGCUUGCGAUGGUGAAUACUGCGCAUCCCAGCCACCAGCUUCUUCCGCUUCUACUUCCUCUGCUCCUGCGUCGUCCAGUGCCCCUGCGACCGAGGUCACUGUCUCGUCCGGCUACGAUGUGCCCACGUCUUCGACUCCCGAAGCCUCUGUCCCUACUCUUCCUACUACCGAAACUCCCGCUACAUCUGUGCCUGACGUUCCUUCUACUUCGACUCCCGAAGUUUCGAGCCCUCCUGCUACCGAGACUCCCACAGUUCCUUGCGGUGGCUACGGACAGGAUUCUUGCGAGGACACCACCGCUGUCUCUUCGGCUCCUAUCGAGACGCCUUCUUCGGACAUUCCAGUUACAUUGUCUUCUGCUGCUCCUUUCACCAACAGCUCUGCUCCUGCGACCACCGCUCCUCCCACAUACGAGACCAGCCCUGUUCCCCCGCCUCCGGCCUCGCAACCUCCGGUUUCUGAGAGCGCCAGUGUCCCUGCGUGCGACGGAAGCUACGGAGAGUCGUGCGAAGGCACCAUUGCAGUCUCCACUCCCCUUGCUUCCAGCACCGUUAUUCUGAGCACUGGUGUUCCUCAGCCUUCCAGCCCCAGCUACCCACCUGUCAGCCCCCCUGAUGUUCUGCCCAAGUGCAUGAACACCUGGCUCGAGAUCUCCGGUGACUGCAAGAACAACGCAGACGCUUCCUGCUACUGCAAGAAUAAGGACUUCACUAAGCAGGUCAUCGACUGCGUUUCGGCUUGGUGCGGCACCGACGACGAGACCCGUGAGGCUCUUCAGUACCUCAUCGGUAUCUGCGCUGAGCACGUCCCUGAGAACCCUGGUCUUGUCACUGACUGCCCCUCGUACAUCCCUCUGAACCCCACGCCUGCUUCGCCCACUGCUCCCGCCGGCGGCGUCAGCACCCCUGCGGGUGAGGUUGGCACAACACCUGCCCCUGAGGUCCCAUCUGGCGGCGUGAGCACCACUGUUACGGUUCCUGGAACGACGCCUGCUCCUCAGGUUCCAUCUGGCGGUGUCGCCAGCAACGUUCCCGCGGAAACUCCUGCCGCGUCAACACCUUGCACAACGAUUAUAUACGGAACAACUACCCUCACGAUCCCGCAAGUUCACUUCACAACCCAGACAAACGAGGCAGGCGCUACUCCAACUGAGCCUGUCGGCCUUGUUCCCGGCACGGCGCCCGCCCAGACUCCUGCAAGCACGACUGCUGCUCCUUACCCCAUCUCUGGCACUACUUUGGCCACCUUCAAGCCCACUGGUACUGGCGCUUACAGCCCAACAUCGCCAGCCGAAUUCACUGGUGCGGCAGCACCCUUCAAGCUGGAAGCUCAGCACGCCAUUCUCGGUGCCAUGCUGGCCUUCUUUGCUUUGUAAUCUCAUUUGUCCUCUAGCGCUUCGUGUGAGCAGAUUUGUACAUAGCUAGAUAUAUAGAGUAAGAACUA